AUGGACGGACUCGGCGGCGGCCUCGCAAAUGUAGACGUCACCCAGCUCAGCGACGCGGACAAGCAGCAAUUGCAGCAGUUCGUCGUCAACGAGGGUCAGAAGGCGCGCAUUCAGUCAUCCAUCCACAGCCUGACAGACACAUGUUUCCGCAAAUGCAUCCCCGCCGGCACAAUCAAGAACGGAAAGCUCGACAAGUACGAGGAGCCCUGCAUGAGGCAAUGCGUCGAUCGCUUCUUGGAUGCGAACCUGGUUGUUCUGAGGGAGUUGGAGCGGCUGAGGCAGUAG